AUGUCCAAACUCUCCCACGCCAAGAUAACCCCCCGUCGCUCCUCCGACCGCGGCCAUGCCAAUCACGGCUGGCUAAACAGCUACCACACCUUCUCCUUCGCCCAAUACCACGACCCAACCUUCCAACAAUUCGGCGCCCUGCGCGUCCUCAACGAAGAUCGCGUGGCGCCCUCCAACGGCUUCCCCACGCACCCCCACCGCGACGCCGAGAUCUUCUCGUACAUCCUCUCCGGCGAGCUCACGCACCGGGACUCGACGGUGAAGCCGAAGGACGCGCGAGGGCUCGGGGACGUGAGCAAGCACGACUUCUACCGCAUGAAGCGGGGCGACGUGCAGUUCACGACCGGGGGCACGGGCAUCGCGCACUCGGAGCAGAACGAGCACGCGAGCGAGGAGGUGCAUUUCCUGCAGAUCUGGGCGCUGCCCUGGAAGCGCGGCUUGCCGCCGACGUACCACACGAGCACGUUUUCCGAGGAGUCGAAGCGGAACGGGUUCGUGACGAUCAUCUCGCCGUUGAGAGCCGGGCCGAAGGCUACGGGUCGGGAGGAAAAGGAUGCGGUGCCGGUGACUGAGGGCACGAUUCCGAUCCAUGCUGAUUUCCUGAUGGGGGCGAGUAUCAUCGCCCGAGGAGCUUCUGCGUCGUGGACGGUUGGAGGGGAGAAGGCGGUCGUGUCGGAGUCCGGUCGUAAGGUUUACCUGCACCUGCCGAUGCGGAGGAUAGGCGCGAGGAUCAGAGUGGACGGGGAGACGGUGCUGGAGGAGGGGGAUGGGGCUUUCGUGGAGAAAGUGAAUGCUGGGGAUGAGCUUCAGGUCGAGUCGAUUGGGGAAGGGGAGGCGGAGGUUGUGGUGCUGGAUUCGAAUUAG